UUUUUUUCCCGGGUAAACUCUAUUUCUCAUCCACCACUUGUUUCUCUUAGAAACGACCAUCCAUGGCUAUAGCUUCCGCCUCUCUUCUCUCUCUCGACUCUCAUGUCUCAUCCGCAUCUUCUUUGCACCGUUCCCCUCACAGAGCUAGACCGUUUUCACGAAGAAAAUCCUGGCUUCUUGUCCGAGCAAGAAAUAAGAAAACCAACUCUUUGUCAGUCAUUGAAGCUAAAAUAAGUACCGAUGAUGUUAGUGAAGAAGACAUUGUCAUUGUGGGUGCUGGGAUUGCUGGACUUGCCACUGCAGUGUCUCUACAAAGGCUCGGAGUUCGGUCAUUGGUGCUUGAGCAAGCAGAAUCACUAAGAACUGGUGGGACCUCACUUACCCUUUUCAAGAAUGGAUGGAGGGUACUGGAUGCCAUUGGGGUUGGAAGUGACCUUAGGAGCCAAUUUCUUGAAAUUCAAGGGAUGGUGGUGAAGUCAGACGAUGGAAGGGAACUGCGUUCCUUCACAUUCAAAGAUGAAGAUGAGAGCCAAGAAGUUCGAGCGGUAGAGAGGAAAAUACUUCUAGAGACUCUUGCCAUUAAGCUGCCAUCAGCAGCAGUUCAGUUCUCUUCAGGGCUAGCAAGGAUGGAGAGAAGAGAAAAUGGGAAAAUGCUUCUGGAACUUGUGGACGGCACUAGGCUACUUGCAAAGAUUGUUAUUGGCUGUGAUGGCAUUCGGUCUCCAGUUGCAAAGUGGAUGGGGUUCUCCGAGCCCAGGUAUGUAGGGCACUGUGCAUUCCGAGGGCUUGGAUUUUAUGCCAAUGGGCAGCCGUUUGAACCACGAGUGAAUUAUGUCUACGGGAGGGGAUUGCGUGCUGGAUAUGUUCCAGUUUCUCCUACAAAAGUGUACUGGUUUAUCUGCUUCAACAGCCCAUCUCCAGGUCCAAAGACAAUCGACCCAUCUGUGUUGAAGAAACAGGCUAAAGAAUUAGUCAAGAACUGGCCAUCUGAGCUGCUAAACUUAAUAGAUCUAACCCCAGAUGAAACAAUCAGUAAAACUCCUCUGGUGGAUCGUUGGCUGUGGCCAGCCAUAAGCCCUCCCCCAUCAACCGGAACGACUGUGUUGGUUGGAGAUGCUUGGCACCCAAUGACUCCUAAUCUGGGGCAAGGUGCUUGUUGUGCAUUGGAGGAUGCAGUAGUUCUAGCAAGAAAACUUGCAAAUGCAAUCAACUCUGGACCCACAUCUGUAGAGGAUGCUAUGCAGUCAUAUGGAAUCGAAAGAUGGCCUCGUGUCUUUCCUUUAACCGUACGAGCCAAUCUUGUGGGGUCACUUUUGCAGUGGGAGAACCCGGUUGUCUGUUCUUUUCGGAACAAUGUAGUCAUACCUAAGCUAGUUAGGCUUGGUCCAAUUUUGGAACACACAAACUUUGAAUGUGAACCUUCGCUAAAAAGACAAACUUCUGAAGUCCCAAAGCAACAAUGACGCAAUAAAGAACAACAGGGAGGAUUGACCAUCAUAGCUGCCAGCAAAAUCUCUCUCUCCAUUGUAUAGAGACCCUUUUACACUUCAUUUUACAGAUGAAUUGUCACUUUGAGUUCAUAAUGUUUACAGCAUUUAGUGUCAUCCUAAUAUAUAGCUAUGCAAAGAAUUUUCUUGUGUA